CAGCAGCAGCCGCUGUCACCGGCAUGUCUGCGGGAUGGCUCCUGCCUGCGCGCCCGGGAGGCUCCCUGCAAGGAUCGCCCCGGCGGCAGGAGCCGUGACGGAGGAGGCGAAGCUCGGCCAGGUUUGAAAGUUUGCCAGGCACCCGCUAGUUUUAAUUGCUGUCAAGAUCCGCGGGCCGGCGGGGGGCUGUUUCCCAGCAUGGGAGACAGGCGGCCGGAGACUCGCGCCAGCUCUUCCCCUGCCGUGGCUGCCAGCUCCGAGGCGGAAGAAAUAGAGGUUUUAGAGUCGGAGGAUGUCUUGCCUAUGGCCACAGAGGAUCACUGGAAAGCUCUGUUUGAUCAGUUUGACCCCGAGAACACUGGCUACAUCAGCACUGAGAAAUUCCGAAACCUCCUCCAAAGACACGGCUCUGAGCUGGACCCACACAAACUGGAGGUUCUCUUGGCCUUGGCAGACAAUAAUUCAGACGGGAAGAUCUGUUACCAGGACUUCGUCAACCUGAUGAGCAACAAAAGGUCCAAUAGCUUCCGCCAAGCCAUUCUUCAGGGGAACAGGAGGCUGUGCAGCAAGGCACUGCUGGAGGAGUCGGGACUAAGCCUGUCCCAGAGGCUAAUUCGACAUGUUGCGUAUGAGACUCUGCCACGCGAGAUAGACCGGAAGUGGUACUACGAUAGUUAUACCUGCUGUCCUCCGCCCUGGUUCAUGAUUGCGAUCACCAUUGUAGAGGUUGCCUUUUUUCUUUACAACGGAGUGGCAUUAGACAGAUUUGUGCUGCAAGUCACCCAUCCUUUAUACCUGAAGAACUCCUUACUGUAUCAUCCUCAGCUCCGUGCUCAGGCUUGGAGGUACCUAACCUACAUAUUCAUGCAUGCCGGGAUAGAACACCUUGGACUCAAUGUUGCUCUUCAGCUUCUGGUUGGGGUUCCCCUCGAAAUGGUGCAUGGAGCAGCAAGGAUUGGCUUUGUCUAUAUUGCUGGAGUUGUAGCAGGUUCCCUGGCGGUAUCGGUAGCUGACAUGACUGCGCCAGUGGUGGGUUCCUCUGGAGGGGUUUAUGCACUCAUUUCUGCUCAUCUGGCCAACAUAGUAAUGAACUGGUCUGGAAUGAAGUGCCAAUUCAAGCUGCUGCGCAUGGCUCUUGCAUUGAUCUGUAUGAGCUUUGAAUUUGGAAGGGCUGUGUGGCUGCGGUUCCAUCCAUCUGCUUACCCCCCAUGUCCACACCCAAGCUUCGUUGCCCACCUGGGCGGGGUAUUGGUUGGAAUCACACUGGGGGUGGUCAUCCUAAGGAACUAUGAGCAGAGACUCCAAGACCAGUCCUUAUGGUGGAUCUUUAUUUUUAUUUAUGUCGUCUUUGUAUUGUUCGCCAUCUUUUGGAAUGUUUUUGCCUACAAUCUGUUGGAUCUGAAGCUACCUCCACCUCCUUGAGAGCCUGAGACAGAGAACUCUGGAGGGCAAAAGACUUUCCAUCUGCCAGCUAUGUUAAAUGAAUCGAAACCAAGGAUUUAUUUUUAUAUGAUGAUUAGGGGAUAGGUCAAUGAUCUUCUGAAAAUGCACAAGUUAAGGAAACGUGUGGCAUCGUUUCUGGCUAACUGUACUGUAUGCUGAUGAAGAUGGUUUAAGCUAAAAUCUAACAGUAGAACUGGUCUGAGAGAAGUUUGGGCAUAAGUCAUACAGGUACUGUUAACACUCAGUCGGGAUCCAAUCGUGCAGCCUCUCCAUUGUGGCUACUCCCCUGAGGAAGGGCUGCAGGAUCAACCCUAUGUUUGUAACUGGGAAUUUACCACUCAGUUUAUUAGUGCACACAGUGAUGUUUAGUUUGGGUCACUUAAAUUUUUCCAAGUUAUGCUGGAUCCGUGACUAGUUGGUUUAUGAAAAUCCUGUGUUUAACUGAACAGUAAAAGAAAAACAAGCUUCACUUUUACUAACUAGAGCGUAGGUGCUGGAACUAGGGGUUCUGCCACACACCCUGGCUUGAUGUAGUAAUGACAACCCAAAUACAUGGUUUCUGCCUUCAGCAUCCCCGCUGUAAAAACUGUUCCAGCACCACUGAACUAGAGACUCAAGGGACGCUGAUAAGGCAACUUGAAUUUGGUUUUAACGGUUGAGUUUGACUGGUCAGCCAUGCCUAGGGUGACCAGAUGUUCCUUUUUUAAAGGGACAGUCCUGGUUUGGGGGACUUUUUCUUAUAUAGGCACCUGUUCCCCCCCAUCCCAUUUUUUCACAGUUGCUAUCUGGUCAUCCUAGCCAUGCCACUGUCAUUGUCUUAUUAAUUGAAUGAUUACUUAAAUAUUUAGUCUAUAGUUUAGACUGUCUUAAGCAACUUCCAAAGGGGCAAGCAAAACCCAUCAUGAUAUACGUUGAUCUUCAACUAAAUGUCAAACAAGAUUGCACUAGAAACCUUGGGGGUACCAUACAGUGGUUGUUUCAGACAGGACACCGUAUCAGAGGUAGGUCUUACCAUCAGUACAUGUUUCACUUGAUUUUUACAACCCGUUCUGGUAAAUAAUGUGGCUGAGUUUUCUCUUCUGGGUGGAGGCAGUUUAGGAUUUUGCUCAUGGUCAGUUGUGCUUUUAUAUUGGUUGACAAUCAGGUUGUUUUAUUCUGCCCUUUCUUUCUGGCUAUGUAUGGUCUAACACCCUGUCUGCAAAAAGUUUGGAAAGAGUGUCAGUCUCCAGCAGGGUUUGCUUAAAUGCAGUUCUUGCUAGAGGAGUGUGGACAUGAUUUCCCUCAUGUAAAACCAUGCUACAAACUAUUCAGUAUGCUAGAGGCCAAGUUUAUCCACCAAAGUCAGCUGAGUUACGCCAGGGAUUUAUUUGCCACUAGUUCCCUACCCAAGUCUGUCGUCUCUGGCUUGGCUGGUCAACUAAUGCUUGUAAAAUACUGGGAAUAACUGUUGCGUGUGGACACCAAGUCUUGCCUAGGCAAUGGACCUUUAUGGGUUCCAAGCAACAAUUAGUUGUGAUGCCUUUUUGCCUAGUAUAGCUAGGCCAUAGGUUUUAUAGAUCCCUAACUAGUUUAUAGUACAGUUUGUAAAGCAAAAAGGCCUAAUAGCUUGACUCACCAUGCCUAUAUAGACCAGGGAAACCAUAUAAAACCCUUUGUUGUAUGGGCCAUGCUUUAAGCACAAACCUCUAGUAAAGUGCUUAUGUUAGUUCACAUUUCACUGUUGAUAGCUACCUGCAUAGCAGAAAAAAAAACAGUCCAGGAAGGUGGAGGAUUUACCCUCUUAUAGGUUUCCCUUAAUCCUCUGUCCCUUCUAUAUUAUCAUAGAUUUUAAGGCCAGAAAAGACCAUCAGAUUGUGUGACCUCCUUUAUAACACAGACCAUAGAAUUUCAUCAUGACUAAAGCAUAUCUUCUGUCUUAAGUGGAUGACUUUGAUAACACAGAAAAGGUGUGUGUGCAGAGUGUGAAAUUCACCCCUGUGCAGAGGGCCAGCAGGAGGCUUAUGCAUCAAUUAAAUCUCACCUCAGACACAUUACUAGGGGCUUAGGUGAGAUGUGAUCAGGGCUUAGAUCUUGUUGGUCCUGUGCACAGGGGUGAAUUUCACCCAUUCCAUAAGAUGGGGGUAGGAUACAUGACUUCUAAAUCACAAGCUGAGAGGGUCAAAAAUGCUCAAGUUUUUUGGGGGAAUUUUUUCCCAGUUUAAAAAAAAAAGUUUUGAUGGACAGUUUUUGACCAUCUCUAUUUACAAGGCUUGUAAUGCCCCCUAGCUGGGGAAAACAGAAUCCUGACAUUGUCUCCUGAGAUCUGGGUCUCCUAUUUCAGAGGCACCAGGUCUGGAACCCUACCAGGUGGCUUCCUAAUCUCUGCCAAAGACAAACUCACAUUAUUAUAUGAUUUGGGCACAGUUUGGAAUCAGUCUUGCUGUCACUACGUUAGCGAGUUUAGUUUGUCUUUCAGUAACGCCUCUCUCCAUUCCUGAGCUUUAUUCUCUUGUCCACCUAGAUGAUGCCAGUGCUGAUGCUGAAGGCUGUGACCUCCGCCCAAGUGUUAACUCAGUGAUGUUCUUCAUGUCAUUUUAAUCCCUGCGGUUUGGAUAAAAAACACUCUCCAUGGUGAAAGUUUGACUCCACUAAACUCAAUGGCAAAGCUCCCAUUGACUUCACUGGGGUCAGGGUUUCACCCCAUCUGUUUUUAGGGUAUUAAAUGAGCCUUAUCUGCAAAGGAAACUUUUAUUUCCCCUUCUUCAUGUGCCAUAUAUGAAAGAUUUGAAGGCUAUUGCAACAGCAACAAAAUUAUUCCCCUUAGUCUGAAGCAUGGUUCAUAGGACGCCACUUCAAGGAAGCCUUGUAAUAGGAAAGCAUAAGGCCUAUCGUUUGAGAGCACUUGUGGGUUUCUUUGGUAUGGGUCCAAUUCCAAAUUCCAUUUUAUCCCUGCAGUUCGGAGCCAGCUCUAAACAAUCACAUGUCAAGAGUUUGGAUCCUUUGUUCCAGGUCAGAGAUCAUUCUGGGUGUUUCAUAGUGAGAGAUGCAGUGUAGUUAUAGCUGUGUCAGUCACAGGAUAUUAGGGAGACAAGGUGAGUGAGGUAAAUAAAAGAUUACCUCACUCAUCUUGUGUCAUAAUGAUAGAGACAGCAUCCUUGAGUGGGUGGGAGAGCAGGGAGAGAGGAAUAACUAGAGAUUAGAUAAUUAGUUGCUAAAAACAUUGUUCAGAUUGAAGGAGGAAGACAUCUCUGUUUCAAUCGCCUUCUCUGGAUAUUGCUAAAUCAUACCUUUUACAAAUGCCUUUAAACUAGAGCUGGUCAGAAAAUGGAGUUUUCCACAUGGAAUAUUGUGAUAAAAAUGAAAAAAAAAUUCAUUGACAUUUUCAGCAAAAAAAUGACUUUUCAUCAACAAAAC